AGAAGUCAAUGAAGAAGAAAGAAAGAUAAACCAGAGCCAUAUAAAAAUAUAUUUGUAUAUGGCUCUGAGAUAAACUGAACUCUUAAAUGUCUUCGGACGGCUUCAGCGCUCUACAAACGUGCUAUGACAGAAACUAAAGUUUCGAAAACUGGGGAAUUUUCCAAUGGAUUUGUCGGUUCUACUACUCAUGUGGAUGUCAAGGACUAUUAUGGAAAUAUUCUGAAAAACACAUCUGACCUUAAGAGCAACGUCUGUGUUGCUCCUACUCAACCUAUCCCCGCCCACAUCCGACAGGCGUUGAAGAGGGUUCACCCUGAGGUUACAGCCAAGUACUAUGGAUGUGGGCUGGUGGUGCCGGAGUGCCUGGAGGGCUGCAGGGUUCUGGACCUGGGAAGUGGCAGUGGCCAGGACUGCUACAUGCUCAGCCAGCUGGUGGGAGAGAGGGGUCACGUCACCGGCAUCGACAUGACCCCGGACCAGCUUGAGGUGGCCAGGAAGUUCAUUGACCACCACAUGCUGGACUUUGGUUUCAAGAAGCCCAACGUGGACUUUGUCCAGGGCUACAUUGAGGCUCUAACUGAUGCAGGCCUGAAGGAGAACUCCUUCGAUGUGAUUAUAUCCAACUGUGUGGUAAAUCUGUCUCCGGACAAGAAGAGAGUACUGAGCGAAGCAUACAAAGUUCUUAAGGAUGGGGGUGAGCUGUACUUCAGUGAUGUCUACAGCACUGGAAGACUCACGCAGGAGAUUAAGGACCACACAGUCUUGUGGGGUGAGUGUUUGGGCGGAGCCCUGUGGUGGCAGGAUCUUCUGCAAUUGGCUGAGGAGGUGGGCUUCAGCACCCCGCAAUUGGUCACAGCCAGUGUCAUCACCGUGAACAACAAGGAACUAGAGGCCCUUCUGGGUGACUACCAGUUUGCUUCUGCCACGUACCGUCUCUUCAAGGUUCCUAAAGCCAGCUCUGAGAGCUCCCUGGUCAUCUACAACGGCAACAUCACUGGGGCAAAAGACAGUCUGCGUUUCGACUGUCGGUACACGUUCAAGGUGGACGAGGUGGUGGAUGUGGGCGCGGACGUGGCUAACGUCCUGGCUCAUUCUCGGUUCCGUGAGGAGUUCACCUUCCAGCCUCCGGGGGCUCCUGCUGGAUCCUGUGCUGUCAAACCCAAGGUCGGCACAGUGAAUCCAUUCGAACUGGCCCUGCAGCUGGAGACUGCAAGUCCGCCGGUCGCCACUGGGCCGUGCUGUGGAGCUGAGUCUUCCUGCUGCAAAUGACAGAAGCGGAUUGAGGACCGACAUAUUGAAGCCUACAUCGUAUAGGCUACUAUAACUACAAAAUUAUAUAAAUUUCUGUCAAAUUUAUGAAAGUAAUAACGUGAUUGUUAUGGUAUACAUAGUUAUAUAUCUCUUGUUCAUCUUAUUUCAGUUUGAAGAAUUUUAAUCUGGCCUAGAGGCUAGCCUACACCACAAUCAAGCCUUUUAGGCCUACUUAAUUAUUUUCUAGACAAUUAAGUUUGAAUUACAUUUUAGAAUUACAGUGAUUUUAUGUCAAGCGAAUAUUUGUUACACUACUUGAUUCAUUAAUCACGACUGAUUUAAUUGCAC